UUAUUAACAAACAACAAACACGCCUCCUUUCGCUGUCGUGCACAUUGACAUGUAGCAAAUGAAAAGUUCACUAUUAUACUUUAACGUACGACAUCGAGCUACCGCCGUUUUCUUUACUGGUGAAACCCUUUUAACGUCGACAUGUUCUGAAUCACUUCAUUUUCUUUGACUGCUGUGUAUAUGAGAAGAUGCUUCUCCGGAAGUUGUGGUCCAAACUGGGAGCGCAGUGGCCUGUAGAGAGGAACCCACUCUGCAUCUGUGCCUCGGCCAGUCUAUCCCAGUCUAUCCAACUACAUAAGUAUGAAUCCAAACCCAGGACUCACUCAAACUUGUCUGGACCAGGGAUGUCAAGGACCUGUUUGUUAAACACUCUUCACCAACAGCAGACACGUACAAGACGUGUUUUUCCAGCUUUAGGUGGAUUUGAAAGUUUUAACAGCACUUUGUGUGUUGACCCUGGGAUACUGAGUAAAUGUGGAAGUGGACAGAAUCGUUUUUAUUCAUCAGACCUUGUGAAGUCAAUGUUAAAACCAAGUUUAAAACCAGUGACGGUGCCUGGAAAAAAAGUUCCCAAAGGACCAAGGACAAAACAACCUUCUAGAGCCAAUCAACCUUCUCUGAAAGAGGACAAGGAUAUGAUGCAAUGUAUUGCCUUUGCAACCGCAGAUCAGUAUCAUUUGCCAACACUUUGCCAUGACUUGAUAACCCAUGGCUUCGAUGAGAUAGAUUUACCAAGAGAUGCCUCAAAUGUGCUGGUGAUAAGCACAGACAUGGCUGCAAAACCAGAUGACAACGCUCUCAUGUUCUUCUUCAGGGAAGGCUCAGUAGUUUUCUGGAAUGUUGAGGAGAAAACGAUGAAGAACGUGUUGAGAAUAUUGGAACAUCAUGAGAUCCAGCCGUAUGAAGUAGCAUUAGUCCACUGGGAAAAUGAAGAGAUAAACUACACUGUUGGAGUAGGAAAUACGAAGCUUGAGCGCGGCAACUUUAUUUUGAGUGAUGAGAUUGAGCAACAUGAAGCUGUUCUGGAGAAAUUUGCAUUUUCUAAUGCUUUAUGUUUGUCAGUGAAGCUGGCGAUAUGGGAGGUGUCAUUAGACGACUUUGUGGAGUCAAUUCAAUCAAUUCCAGAGACGCUGAAGUCUGGCAGAAGAGUUAAGUUGUCCUCUGCAGAGGUUAUGCAGAAAAUAGGAGAGCUUUUCACAUUAAGACACUGUAUAAACCUGAGGUCUGACCUGCUCCUCACACCUGAUUUCUACUGGGACCGAGAAAACCUGGAAAAACUCUAUGAUAAGACCUGCCAGUUCCUCAGCAUCAACCGCAGGGUCAAUGUUGUGAAUGAGAAGCUGGAACAUUGCACACAGUUGACAGACCUGAUGAGGAGCCACCUGAGUGAGAAGCACAGCUUGAGGCUGGAGUGGAUGAUAGUCAUCCUCAUCACUAUAGAGGUUAUGUUUGAACUUACAAAAAUGAUCUUCUGAACUACUCCUCCAAUAGUGCACAAGUCUAAACAGGGUAUGAGAAGUGACAAAGGAAGAAUGCUGGACUACACAAAGGUACUCUGACAGUAAUAUGUGACAGUGUUUUCUAGAAGCCACUGAAAUUAUGAAAUGGACCUAAACAUUUUUAUGUCUUACUGGUCAUGUUGUAGAGUACAUACAUUUUGACAACACACAAUAAAUCGAAAAACAAAUUAAAUAAAUUAUUUUAUUCAGUUUCUUUACUGUUUUGCUGGAGAUCAUGGCUUGAGGGUUUCAUUAUUUUAUACACAUUUACUGUUUAUUGCAUUUGUGAAAACAAAGGGCAUCAGUGGGACUUCAUAAACCUCUGAGAUCAGCUGACCAAACAGUAAUGUUUUUUGAGUUUUGUUGGCUGAAUUUAUGUGUUCAAUCAUUUUCAUUUAAUGUUUACAUUAUGUGCAAAAUUCUAUGUAUGUUCUUCAGUAUGAAAGAGACAAUUUUUUAAGGGAUAUGAGGGCACAGACUCACCUCAGCAUGUGUCAUUAUUCUUGUGUAUAAACACUAGCAGUAGAAAAAAGAAAACAAUAUUCUGGAAUAUAUCUAAUUCAUCGAAUCCCAAAUUACAACUAUGAUUGCUGUGUUAUAGAGAAUGUAAUAAAACCAUUAUUUGUUUUAAA